AUGAACAAUGCAGAUUUAUACCGCAAAAGUAACAGCCUCCAAAAGAGAGAUGCUCUGCGCUGCCUCGAGGAACAUGCGAAUAAGAUUAAGUGGAAAAAAAUCGGUGAUAGAGUCAUAGAUUUGGGUUGCGCUGACGGUAGUGUUACUGAUAUUUUGAAAGUUUACAUGCCAAAAAAUUACGGAAGAUUAGUUGGCUGCGACAUAAGCGAAGAAAUGGUGAAAUACGCGAAUAAACACCACGGCUUCGGUAGGACUUCGUUCAGGGUGCUCGACAUAGAGGGCGAUUUGACCGCAGACCUGAAACAAGGCUUUGAUCACGUUUUCUCUUUUUACACCCUCCACUGGAUCAGAGACCAGGAACGAGCUUUCCGGAACAUUUUCAAUCUGCUUGGCGACGAAGGAGAUUGCUUACUUCUGUUCCUGGGCCACACUCCUAUCUUUGAUGUUUACCGCACACUCUCGCAUACAGAAAAAUGGCAUUCUUGGCUCGAGCACGUCGAUCGAUUUAUAUCACCUUACCAUGACAAUGAAGAUCCCGAAAAAGAAGUUAAGAAGAUAAUGGAAAGAGUUGGAUUUAGCAAUAUUGAAGUGCAAUGCAAAACGUUGUUCUAUGUAUACGAUGAUUUGGAUGUUUUAAAAAAAUCAGUAGCAGCUAUCAAUCCAUUUAAUAUCCCGAAAGACAUACUUGAAGACUUUUUAGAAGAUUACAUAGAUGUAGUACGGGAGAUGAGGCUGCUCGACAGGUGUAAUAACAAUGUCGGUGAAUCAGUGUCUAUAAAAUUUAACUACAAAGUCAUCAGUGUUUACGCGAGAAAAUUAUGUUUAAGUUUAAUGUAA